AUGAAGGGAUCCCACAUGUUCCUCUGCCUCCUUUCCAUGUCCUGCUGGUUGAAUUGGAUGCCAACAACUGGGAUAAAAAUCUUCCACUUUGGACCUUGCAGGGUUCCAAUGACCAUGACUGAGAUCAGGUCUGGUUUCACUGCAAUCAAAGCCAAUAUUCAAGCCAGAGAUCCCAUCAGGACCUUGAGCAUCUUGUCUCACCCACACUCCCUGCACAAGGUCCAGUCUUCAGACAGAUGCUGCAUCACCCAUCACCUCUUGAACUUCUACGUGGACAAGGUUUUCAGGCACUGCAAGACCGAGGAGCCGUAUGUGAACCGGAAAAUCAGCAGCAUCGCCAACUCCUUCCUCAGCCUGAGGAGGAAACUUGAGCAGUGUCGAGAGCAAAACCAGUGCAUGUGUGGACAGGAAUCCACUGAGAAAUUUAACCAAAUCAUUGCAAAUUACAAAGGGCUGAAUGUCACAGCUGCAGCAAUAAAAUCCCUGGGUGAGCUGGACAUCCUGCUGGACUGGAUGGAGAAAUCUCCUUAG